AUGUCACAGCAGAAGCAGCCAUCCGGGGAACCUCCAAGCGCUCCCAAAUGCUCCCCACCUCAGUGCCCACAUACCCAGUGCCUGGUCCCCUGCGGGGCUCCAUGUGCUGCUCCCCUUUCCUGUCUUCCAAAGCUCCCUGCGCAGUGUCCAGCCCACCCCAAGAGAGCUCGCAGACAGCCUAGCUGUGUCAGCGGAGGCACCACCUACCCCUGCAAAGAGGAGGAAUGCUAA